AUGGAUAACAAAGUAGCUGCAACAGCAGCAACAGCAGCAGCAGAUGCUGCUGCUGCUGCUGCUGCUUCCGAUGCAGCCACCUGGACUGAUGAGGACGCGCAGCAACAGCAGCAACUGCGACAGGAAAUAGAUGCUGCAGAGCAGCAGCUCGCUGAGCUGCAGCAGCAGCAGCAGGCGCUGGAACAGGUGCUGCAGCAGUGCAGCACAGAGGAGGAGAAGAGCGAGAUAAAGGAGGCUGCAGCAGCAACAGCAGCAGCAGCAGCAGACACAGCAGCAGCACUCGAGCUAAUGAAGACUUCGCUACUGGAGUCACGUCGGCUACAGGUACAGAGGCAACUGCUACAGAUGCAGCAGGAAGAGCAGCAGCAGCAACUGCAGCAGCAGCAGAAUGACGAGGAAGGGAGCAGCAGCGACUCAGCAAUGAGUCUUUCCGACGGCGACUUGAGCAGCGGCGCCUCCGACUCGGGCUCAGGCAGCAGCAACAGCAAGAGCAGCAGCAGCAGCAGCGACAGCAGCAGCAGCAGCAAGACAAAAGAAGGCAGUCUCUGUGUCUUUGCUUCUAUGCAAGACAGCGGUCAGGUGCUGCUGCAAUACGGCAGAAUACGAGCUGUCGUGAGCAGCACUCCUUUGCUGCAGCGGCUGCUGCUGGGCAGCAACAGCAGCAGCACCAGCAGCAGCAACAGCAGCAGCAGCAGCAGCAGCGAUGACGAUGACUUCGAUGCUGUCUGUGAGGCGUUGCCUUCCGGAGGAUGCGACCUCCGUACAGCGCUGCUUCUCGAGCAGCAGCAACAGCAGCAGCAGCAAGAGAAGCAGCAGCAGCAGCAACAGCAGCAGCAGCAGCAGCAACCUCUGCUGCUGGUGGUUCCUGCCUGCCCAAUGGAGGAUCAUGAGGCACCAUGCAGUCAUAUAUCUGCUGCAACUGCUGCUGCUGCUGCUGCAUUCCAAGCUGCAGCAGAAACUGCUACACAGCAGCAGCAGCAGCAACAGCAGCAGCAGCAAGUGACGCAACGGCGUAUUGAGUGCUCUUCUCUGCGCGAAGAAGCAGCUGCAGCAGGUCUGCAGCUCGUUCCUGACGGCACAGCUGCUUCUGCUGCUGCUGCUGCAGCAACAGCAGCAGGUGCAUCCUUGUCCCUGCAGGAGCUUGCUGCAGCAUGUCCUUAUGGAGCCAGCUGCCGCUGGAGACACGGCGUGCUGCUGCCUGCAUGCGCUGCUACAAUUGUCACAUUCUCCCACCGUAAAUGCAUUGAGCAGCAGCAGCAGCAGCAACAGCAGCAACAACAGCAGCAGCAGCAGCAAGGAGUGGUAGGCCGAGGCAGCCAGGUGCUCGUCCGAGUGAGGAAGCAGCAGUGGCAGCAAGGCACCCUCCGGCUGCUGCUGCGCAAGAGGAGAAAUGCAGCCGCAGCAGCAGCAGCAGAUGAAAGUGCUGCUGCUGCUGCUGCAAUGUUGCCUCUGUCAGGGGCUGCUGCGCGGAAACAGCAGCAGAAGCAGCAACAGCAGGAGCAGCAGCAGCAGUAUACGUGGUUUGCCCGCGUCAGGUUGGAUAGCAGCAGCGAGAAUAACAACAACAGCAGCAGCAGCAACAGCAGCAGCAGCAACGCACCAGGUAGCAGAGGGAAAGUGUAUCUCUGUAGGCUGCAGCAGCUGCUCCCUGCACUGCAGCAACAGCAGCAACAGCAGCAGCAGCAGGCGGGUGCAGCCUUGGAAGCCCAGCGUCCUAAGGUGCACCGCAUCCGCAGCAGCAGCAGCAGCGGCAGCAGCAGCAGCAGCAGCAGCGAGUCGGAUGUGGCUGUAGAGAUGGAAGGAAGUGACGGGGAGAUAUCCGAGGGUGAGAAGCAGCAGCAGCAGCAAAAGGUGCAGCGGCUGCAGCAGCUGCUAGGGAAGACAGCAGCAGCAGCAGCAGCAGAGAUGCUGCGGCGGCUUCCUCGUUGCCCUAGGAGCAGCUGGUGGCAGCCGUUGCGCAGCACAGACACUGCUCGGCGCGCAGGAACCAGCAGCAGCAGCAACAACAACAACAACAGCAACAGCAGCAGCAGCAACGACAGCAGCAGCUGCUGCCCCCUCAGCAGCAGCAGCUACUUCGGUGUAUGGAUGCUGCACACCAGUGGUGUAGGGCUGCGCAUAAUGCAGCGCUGUGGCUAUAAACCAGGGGAGUGUAUAGGCAAGAGGCAGCGGCAGCAGCAGAAGCAGCAGCAGCAGCAGCAGCAGCAGCAGGGGGAGCAGCAGCAGCAGGGGGAGCAGCAGCAGCAAGAGCAGCAAGAAGUAUUGCUCAAUCCUCUGCCUAUAGAGAUAUUACCUUCGGGUUAUUCUCUGGAUUACAUACGAUGCCCGCGAGUAAAGCGAGCAGCAGCAAAAAAGGCAGCAGCAGCAGCAGCUGCUGCUGCUGCUGCUGAGGAGGGUGAUGGUGCCUUCAGGCUUAUUCGUGGGGUCGGGCAGACUGCUGCUGCUGCAUCAGCUGCUGCUGAUGAGCUGGAGAAGCAGCAGCAGCAGCAGGACCUGCAGCUGCAGCAGAAGCUGCACAAGAAGUAUAAGAAGGCUGACGAGCAGCAGAUGCGUCGGGAGUUGCUGCAGCUGCAGCAGCAGCAGCAAGAGGUUCAGCAGCAGCUAGCAGCAGCAGCAGCAAAUUGUAGAAGACACCAAGGGACAGCAACAGAGGGGCAUAGGGUACAUGAGCAUUAUCAGCAGCAGCAGCAGCUGCUGCUGCAGCAGCAGCGCGAGCUGCAGCAGCAGCAAAAGAUGCUCGAGCGGAUGCUACCCACUAAGAAAACAAACAAACUAUCCAAGAUCUUCUAA